GAUGCAACUGCAUCAGAGUUAAACGCCAGUUGAAAUGCAUUCCGGAGCUGCAGUCGCCUUCAUUUUGUCAGCACUGAUCGCUGCCCUAAUCCUGCCCAGGCAAACUGCAGCCAUUCCCCUGGAUGAUGACAACGUGGACAGACCAAACACAGAUUAUCCAGCCUUGUUUCGAGCCUUUUUGGACAUGGGAAACGCGCUCUUCGGCACCUGGACUCCCGAUGGGGCGAUAGAGGAGUUUAUACGCAAACAGGAAGCUCAAGGGCUUAGCCAUUAGCUCUCCCCACUUUCCACAUGUGUCCAGAUAAUGUUGCAUAAGUUUUGCAUGCAACAAUAAAGACGAAGGAAGUGGGUUUACCUGUGGCGAUCCAAAGUAACGUUUUAAUUAUGCACGCUUCAGUUUUGGCCAGAUCGGCAAUCAUUACCACUUCGUUUGGCAUUCGCUAUAAGAUAUUCGUGUCUUUAUCUUAGUUUGAUACCCUGCCAAAAGAGUACUUUACAGGCCACUUAUUUUUACAGCUUAUUCCAAAAAAAUAAAAAAUCAUUGACAACUUUAA